CGCCCUAGCCCCGCUACAGCGCUUGCAAUACUUCAUAUACAGGACGCAGGACAAGGUACCUUCUCGCCGGACGUCCUCUACUUCCUCAUUUGAUCGAGUCCAUAUACCAUGACGCCAAUCACCGACCUCCCGUCCGAGCUUCUCGAACCCAUCCUAUCCCUCCUAUCAUUCUCUUCACUCUCCACGUUGAGCCGUACUUGCAAGAUCCUGCACGCAUACCUAUCACCCCGUAUCUAUCACACCAUUGACUGGACUUGGGAAGACGAUCAGCCCUGUCCGCCGUUUCACUUUCUAUUACGGACGCUGCUUGCAAAUACUCAGUUGGCUGGUCUUGUCAGGGUACUCAAAUUUCGCGGCGGGGGCAUAGUGAGAGAAGACGCUUGGAAAGACGGGUCUCUUUGUGACGAUGAGUGUGAUUGGCAGUCUAUGGAAAGCGCACGUAGUGUGUGGACUGAUGGCCAGAGAGCUCGAUCUUCAUUCAAGCGUGAGGAUGAAUGGAGAGUCGAAGAUUGCGUUUCACAAAUAUACAACGCCAGAAUAAAGGAGUGGAUGUCUGAGUUCGAUAGGGGUAAUAUUGAUGUCGUGGUAGCAUUGAUCUUGGGUCAGCUGCAGGCUCUUGAGCAACUGGAUCUCGGGUUUGGCUUCGUGCAACGGUCACGUUUCGUUCCUCAACUUUUUCGGCAUUAUACGGUCAACCACAGGUCAUUAGUUCCAUAUCGACUCCUUGUGUCUGCCAACCUAGCUCUCGACGGUCCCAGAUCACCACAAGGCUUCUGGUCUGAUCUGGAUCUGUAUAGACUGUUCUUUUUCUUACCAUCGUUAAGGACACUGAACACUAUCCUCAUCGAGCCCGUCAUCUUUGCAUGGCCGUCCCCAAUGAUGCGACCCCAAACAGUAUCCUUAUCGUCUCUGUGCCUCCGGAAGUGCACAGCGUCUGGGGAUACGUUAUCGAGAAUACUCUCCCACACAUCUCAACUCAAACACCUCGUAUACGACCAUCAUCGUAUGGUAAUGUGCUAUCCCCCACAUUGGGAAUGCGAGCCACAGAUCUACGACCCACCUACUGGAUGGCGCAGGGUCUCCAUAAACUGCGACGGCUUGAGCAAAGCCUUGUCAUAUGUACGCCACACGCUCCAAACUCUCGAAAUCAAAGUCCAAUUCACACCGUCUAUCUUGAUCGAGCUGAAAGACAAAUCAAACAUGUUGUUCCUCUGCGGCCUAAUUGGACGCAUCACUCACCUCCCCCUCAUGACACGCCUCACAAGCCUAGAGAUUCCAUGGGUACUUCUCUCAGGCUGGAUUCUGAACCCAGUUUAUGAGGGAAAAGAUGCUGAUAUCCCCAUGUGGCGCCACAAUAACGAGAAUUUCAACAACUUGCACUGGCCCUCUGUUCUCCCUGCGUCACUUACACGCCUUCGUCUCCGAGAUGACCUUAGCGAUUUCGGCACUUUUCAGUUCGGCGGGAACAUGCCAAUUGCACUUAUUGAACAGCUCCUGGAGACUAAAACGACGUAUCUUCGGGAACUGGUGGACCUGGAGUUUGUGUUUAUAUGGAACCGUAAGUACGAAUAUGAGGGCUGUCCACUUUCUCUUGUGAAGGAGUUGCGCAUUGUAUGUCACAAGUAUGGGGUGGGUUGCAGGAUCUGGCAAGAACAAGUUCUGUGGAAGUCUAAAGCUGCAGUUGAGAUACAGUGAGUAGACAAG